AUGGUCGAGAGUCGACAGCCUGAGGCGCUUGCGAUCAUCUGUUCGUUUGCGGUCGUUGCUUGCUUGACCGUCUUCCUCAGAGUAUGGUCGCGCUACCUGGGACGAAACUUUGCUUGGGACGACUAUCUCAUUCUCAUUGCCGCUGUCCUCUUCAUAUUGGACACCACCGCAACAUGGAUGUACGUUAUUCUGAGUGGUACAGGCUAUCAUGUAUAUGACGUGCCAAAGAAGUCGAUUCAUGAGCAACUCGUCGCGUUACACUGGAACUUUACAGUGCAGAUGAUCUAUCACCCUCUAAUGGGGCUGAUCAGAGCAUCGAUCAUCAUGUUUCUCUUCCGAAUGAAGGAUGGUCGCCGUCGCAUACGAUUCCUGUUAUACACCGUCACCUGGCUCAACAUCUGCUAUUCCGUUGGAUCGACCAUCGUUAAUUUGGUACAAUGUACUCCUCAUGCCUAUGCCUGGUCUAGGCCUGCCAUGGACAAGAUUGACGCCAACGGCAAUCUCAUACCAGGCGGCAAAUGCAUUGAAGCGCGCACAUUUAUAUUGGUGUCUUGCGGUCUUUCAAUCUUGAUGGAUCUCAUGAUUAUUCCAAUCCCGUCCAUCAUGGUGUGGAAUCUCCAGAUGCACCGGCGCACAAAGGUCCUCGUGGUGGCAGUCAUGAGCUUAGGAUGGAUUGCGACAGGCGUGUCGGUCGGACGCUUCAUUGUGUAUUAUUACCGCUUUGCGCCCUCCAACAAAGACCGCACAUGGGAUAUUGGAAUCGCCAUUAGUAUCGCGGAGCCUGCCGUGCACAUCAUGACAGCCUGUGCGCCCGCAACAAAGUGUCUCUUCCGUUAUUGGUUCCCGCAGUACGGCACGGACCGCAAGGCUUCGUACUACCACGAAGGAACAGGCAGUGGCCGUCGUCCAAGCAAGCUGGGGUCA